AGCCUCCCUCCGCCCCCAGAGGUCGCCAGUCCCCGCUUCCCCGGGCUUCUCCAGCUUUCCCCGGAGCCCGGCGCGAGCUUGUCUUUAGGAGAAAUUCGGCAGCCGCGGGGAGAGUGCAGCGAUUCUUGGGUUGCUAAGUGUGAGAGAAGAUCCUGAAGAUGGCUCAGGGGUCCGGGGAUCAGCGGGCCGUGGGAACGGCGGACCCGGAGGAGAGCUCCCCCAACAUGAUCGUCUACUGCAAAAUUGAGGACAUCAUCACGAAGAUGCAAGACGACAAGGCAGGGGGUGUGGCCGUGAGAACAGUCAAGAGUUUCCUGUCCAAAAUCCCGAGCGUUGUCACAGGUACAGACAUUGUGCAGUGGCUCAUGAAGAACCUUGCCAUCGAGGACCCAGUUGAGGCAAUCCACUUGGGAAGCCUUAUCGCCGCGCAGGGCUACAUCUUUCCCAUCUCAGACCAUGUGCUCACCAUGAAGGACGAUGGUACCUUCUACCGGUUCCAGGCUCCUUACUUCUGGCCUUCGAACUGCUGGGAACCAGAAAACACUGACUACGCCAUCUACCUCUGUAAGAGGACAAUGCAGAACAAGGCAAGGCUGGAGUUGGCAGACUAUGAAGCAGAAAACUUAGCCAGACUCCAGAGGGCCUUUGCAAGGAAGUGGGAAUUCAUCUUUAUGCAAGCAGAAGCACAAGUCAAAAUUGACCGAAAAAAGGACAAAACAGAAAGGAAAAUUCUCGAUAGUCAAGAGCGAGCCUUUUGGGAUGUCCACAGGCCAGUGCCAGGCUGUGUGAACACAACGGAAAUGGAUAUCAGAAAAUGUCGACGUUUGAAGAAUCCGCAAAAGGUUAAAAAGUCCGUGUAUGGUGUGACCGAGGAGGCCCAGACGCAGAGCCCUGUGCACCUACCGAGCCAGCCGGUCAGGAAAACGACCAAAGAGGACAUCCGGAAACAGAUAACAUUUUUGAAUGCACAGAUUGACAGACACUGUUUGAAAAUGUCCAAAGUGGCUGAAAGCCUGAUCGCCUACACGGAGCAGUACGCGGAAUACGACCCUUUCGUCACACCGGCAGAGCCAUCUAACCCUUGGAUCAGUGAUGACAUCACUUUAUGGGACACAGAGAUGAGCAAAGAGCCCAGCCAGCAGCGAGUAAAACGAUGGGGCUUCUCUUUUGAUGAGAUGUUGAAGGAUCAGGUGGGACAGGACCAGUUCCUGCGAUUCCUGGAGUCUGAAUUCAGUUCAGAAAACCUCAGGUUCUGGCUGGCCGUCCAAGAGCUCAAGAAACAACCCCUACAGGAUGUGGCCAAGAGGGUGGAAGAAAUCUGGCAAGAGUUUUUAGCCCCGGGGGCCCAGAGUGCAAUCAACUUGGACUCUCACAGCUACGAGAUAACCAGUCAAAAUGUCAAAGAUGGAGGGAGAUACACGUUUGAAGAUGCCCAGGAGCACAUCUACAAGCUGAUGAAAAGUGACAGCUACGCCCGCUUCCUCCGGUCCAAUGCUUACCAGGACCUGCUGCAGGCCAAGAAGAAGCCCGAAAGUGAGCAAGGUCGUAGAACUUCCCUAGAAAAGUUCACUCGCAGCGUGGGAAAGUCGCUGGCGGGCAAGCGCCUCACCGGCCUGACGCAGUCCUCCUGACGGUCCCCAGCGCCGGCCAGGGGCCUGGGCCCGCAGAGCUGGCGGGCAGGCGGCCGCGCUCCCCAUCGGUGGACAAGGCGUCCUUGCAAGGAGAUGUGGUCACUGUGAAGGAGAAGGAGUGAGGGCCGCAGAGAGCCAUGGUGGGAGAUGCGGCAGGCGAGCGAGGACCAGAAGGCCAGAGGCCGGAGCGCAGCCGGCCGGGAGGGCCCCGUGGACAGCCUCUCCCUUGCUUGGUCGAGCGCCCAUGCUCCCAGCCAGGACGACGGGCCAAGGAGCUCCUGGCCAACCAGCGCUGCAGACGCCGAUGCCUGUAAGGGCCACGCCCCUCCAGCCAUGGGGGUAUCGCGCCUUGCGGCAGACACAGAAGGGACAGUAGACCUUGGGGACGGCCAGGAUCAUGCGCCACCUCUCUGCGCUCUCUCGGAGGCACCCCCUUGGGCACCAUAGCUGCAGCCACCCCGUGCCACCCAUCACCUGCCGCUCCCUCUCCCUGUGGUGCCCAGGCAUCAGAGGCCGGCACCAGGCACCACCCUCACAUGAGUGUCCUGUCCUGUCUUCAGCACUGAGGCCGCCUCACCAUGGGUCCUUGGAGGUCUCUGUGGCCAGGAUGCUGCCCUCGGUCCUGCCCAGUGUUGCAAGGGCCCUACACCUUGCGGACCCACUGGUCUGGAUGGACGAAAGCAUUGGUCAACACCAUGGAGGUUCUGAUGACUGUCCUUUAAAAUCUGAUUUCACCAUGCUUUGGCCCCUCACUCCUUGGUUUUCCUCAAAAUAAAUCCAGCGUGAAAUUGGGGAUUAUUAGGAGUCUCCCCUGCACAGCCCAGGUGGGAGAUGGGAGGCCUAUGGCACAGCACAGCCAGGCUCUGGAGCUCAGGCCUCCACCCUGCCUGAGGCUGAGGCAAUGUCCAGUUUAGCAGGUCCCUGCCAGAGCUGCCUCACUCCUUUCCCAGGCUGGAUUUGAGGGCCCAGCUAAAGAAUCCCACUAAACAGAGCCGGUUGCCUAAGAGAAAGCAAAACCUGCCAAAUUAACAAAAGACACCCCUGAGUGUCAUAGCGACUCUUUGCCAGCUGGACUGGGAGGUCCCGGGUGUAAAGCACCACAUCCGACGCCAGAUGCAUAGUAGGUGCUUAGCAAAAAAAUGGUAGUUAAUACUGUCAUUGUGAUACCUGUGAGACCCCAGACACAGCUGUAUUAAGCAACUGGUCUUUUAAUUCAGACGGACUCUCACCCACACAUACCCGCUAUGGAGAUCCUUUGAUCUAAUUUUGGCCACAGGCAAAAAAGUCUCCCUUGGGGUGCAUAAACAGACACAUCGAAAGAAACAGGUGAUCCCUGGCGUUUCUUUACCCACGCAGGCAAGUUCACCAGCUGGUAACCACAAGCUCAGAUGCACCUUUGCAGUCCCGGCCUCCUGGUUGCUUCCCUGUGACCCAUCUUUCCCAUCCUACCUUGGAGUCCUUUCUGUGUCCGCUUCCACACAGCCCUGCCCCCAGCCUCCUGCCCCUCACCACGGAGCCACCCUGAGCAAUACGAGUCCUUGUUACGGCAGCAUCCCUGCAGUUCAUGACCGUUCCACCUCAGCUGUCCACCCCAGCAGUCACUCCUCUCCUUUUCAGAUGGAGUGGAAGUCACAAAGGUGACAGGCAGGGCUCUCCACUGUCCCCCAAGGUGGUGACACAGAGCCAGGGCCUUGGUGCAGUCACAUACACUCUGCACGAAGCCAGCAGUUUGUGGAUGCUUGGUGACCGCCGGAUGAGCAAAUGGACGUGCUGAGGCCCCCAAGUGCUGGGUCUUCCAAUUGCUCUCCUGCUCAGGCCACCUUCCAAUCCCCUUCUUGGUCAUAUAAACCUCCUGCUUCAGAACCAAUCAGAGUCCUAGUUCUUCUGCACCCACCUUGGCCCAAGGGAAGCUCAUCCUGACCUGGCUGAGCCAGGGUAGAUGAGGGUGUUCCCAGCCAACCGCUCCUCUGUGUCUUCAGUUAUCCAGGACAAGAGCCUGGCUGUCUCCUGCCCCUCCCAUGGGCUGUAGGUAGGGAAGGGCUGGCUUCCUGACCUGGACUUCUGUGCCUCCAGCUCCCCCAAAUUCUUGGCUGUUGUUCCUGAUCUGUGCCAGCCUGGGAAGUGGCCUCAUUCUGGAGGUUCCCAGAGGGCCUGCCCAGAGCCAGGUGGGCCAUGACACUGAGAAUGGCUUCCAAAAACCUCUUGCAGAUAGGAGGGUCAGCAGGCUCCCUAGAGGUGAGGACACUUCCAGUGGACUCAAGCCCAUGGCAGUGAGCGUCCCAGCUCACCCCCCACAGAGGCGACAACCACAACAUGCUCCUCGGUAGUUCAAGCAAGGGCUUGCACGAAGGAAGUGGGACAAGUUUGCUGUAGCCAAGUGGAUCGCUCCAAGACCAGGCUACCACAGAGACCUCGACCUCGUAAUGGAAAGAUUUAGAAAACUGGGUCUUGGCCACCCGGCCACCCAGAUAUCCAAGCUAGGUAAGAUGUUCGAGGACAAUUCUUUAGCAAAACAGAUCUCCCUGCCCCGUUCUGCCCAAGAAGCUACCGGAGGUCCCCUGCCCAGGCAUUGUUUAUGGGUCUGAAACUUUUCUCCCUGAGGGUUCGCAAGGAAAAUGUCACGUUGGCAGUCCCAAGCCAAACCCCAAGGCAGUCUCUGCGAGUGGCCACCAGCCAUCAGCGCUGAUGCACAGGGCACCAGGCGCAGAGCAUGUGGCUGAAACAACCUUGCCCCCCACGGGGGUUGGGAGGGGGUACCACUGGCAGGUGGCAUGCACAAAUGUCCAGUGGCAGCCAGGCAAUCUGGCUCAUGCAGCUAGAACUCCCCAGGCUGGGGAGAAGCCUCCUGCCCCUCCAGACAGCAAUGCAGCAGCUUUGUUCUCCUGAGAAGCCACUGCUGUACCCUAGAAACAAAGAGAGAUGCAGCUGCCAGUACAGUCGACAGGGCCCGUGUCCAGCUCCCCACUGGGGGCGGCCAGGUGCCGGGCCAGCGUCCUGGAAGGGCCUGUUGCAGCUCAGAGUUGCUGUUCAGACUCAGCUCCUGGGGCCUUGCACUUAGGGUGUCUCUCCCAUAGGAUUCCUAGAUGUUCAAGCUACCUCACCAGCAGAAGGACACUGAGCCAGGAACCUGUCUCCUUCCUGCUUGUGGAAUUUGAGGGCUUUUUUUUUUUUCCUUAAGAAAUAUCCCUCACAGGCUACCCCAAACA